GGAUCAAAGCAGUUGGCCGCCUCCGCCGCCGCUGGGAGGGCCCUUUGCCCUCGCUCCCCGCUCCCUUGUGGCUCUGUGUGUGUGUGUCCGUCCGGAGCCAUGUGACCGGGGACGGUGACAAGGCACUUUUUCCCUCCUGCUGAGUCACCGUCCCUUGUCUGAAGGGAAAGGGAGGGAAGGAAGGAGAGAGGCGCCGCAGACACUGCCCGGGUCGAUUCCCUUCCUCUUCUCCUUCCUCAGGACCCGGCGGCCAGUGGCUUCCAGCGGGCGGAGAGAGCAGCCUACAUAAGCGCACAUGGGGACCGAGAGCGGCAGCGCCGGGGUGCUGCUGGGGCAAGCGGGCACCCUCAACCUGCAGACGGGCAACCUGCUCAACUGGGGGCGCCUGAGGAAGAAGUGCCCGGCCACCCCCAGCGAGGAGCUGCGGGAUUGCAUUCAGAAAACCUUAAAUGAGUGGAGUUCAAAGAUCAGCCCAGAUCUAUUGCAAGAGCUGCCCGAAACCCUUGAAUGUACUCUAGCCCAAGCAAUAGAAAAGAUCAAUCCUGAAGAAAGGGAAGAACUGAAAGUUUCAGCAAAAUUGUUUAUCGCGGGAUCAAACACUUCAUCAAUCAGAGAAGCAGUCAGUAUGACAUGUUCUGCCCUUGGUGUUGACCAGUUAGAUUCUGUGAUAAUUGCUCCUCCUCCAACCGAAGAUGGAAUUAAUCUUUCCUUAGAAUAUUUACAACCUUACUGGGCAGAGCUUGAAAACUUAGUUCAAAACAAAAAGAUUGUUGCCAUAGGGACUUCUGAUCUAGAUAAAGCACUGUUGGAGCAACUAUUCUUGUGGGCGCAGGUGAAACCAAGCAGUAACCAGGUGAAUCUUGCAUCCUGUUGUGUGAUGCCACCAGAUCUGACUGCAUUUGCUAAAGAGUUUGAUAUCCAGCUUUUGACUCAUAAUGAUCCAAAAGAACUCCUUUCCGAAGCAAGCUUCCAAGAAACACUUCAGGAGAGUAUCCCAGAUUGCCAAGUGCAUGAAUGGACUCCACUGUGGCUUCUGCGAUAUUCAGUCAUUGUUAAGAGCAGAGGAGUCAUCAAAUCCAAAGGCUACAUCUUGCAAGCUAAAAGAAUCCCAGCAUCUUAAGAUGGACCUAGGCAUUAACCUGCUCUGAAAGACCCUGUCUCUGCUAGAUAAUUGCACCAAGAUGCAAACUGGAAUUUGUAAAGACCAAAAUGUUUUAUUAUCAAGUAGUCAGUGAAGCCCAAAUUACAUAUUGGAUUAAGAGUCUGAUACCCUAUUUCUCUGCCAGUUUCUUUUUAUUUCAUACAUGUGUGUUUUGUGUUGAGUUCAGCUUGCUCACUUGUGAAAUAUUAUUUUUCAUUAACUGUUCAGCUGAUUUAGAGAUUAUAUAUAAAAAUAUUUGAAAUAUUUUAAUGACUAAUAUAAACAGAAUUUGACUAGGUAUAUUUUGAUUGAAAUAUUUCUGUUUGCAAGGAGUAAUGUAACUUGUUAAACCUUAUUGCUGCUAAGCGGACAGCAGAGUAAAUUUGGGAACACUGGUGGAAUGAGCACUCUGAUUUUAAACCAGAGAUGUAAAAUUCAGUGUAUGCAAGUAAAUUGUUUAAUAUAUUCAUGAAUGUAUAUGGUUUCCCCACCACUCCAGUCAUAAUACAGUGUAAUACUUGUAUUAUGUAACUUUUUUCUUCUAUCAUGUCUAUACUACAUUUCUCUUGAUAUAUGCCCAGGGACAUGGUAUUUCUGUAUUGGAGAGCACUGGUCAAAAAUAGAAUUAACUUUGUCAAAGUUUGCCUAGUUUCAUUUUGCCAGUGCUAAAGCAUGAUUUAUAUUUUGAGACCCAUAGAAAGAUGAUUGGCUUUAUAUAUAACCUUGACAUUACAUACAUGAUCAGGGGUUCCCAAAAUUUGAGUCUCUAGGGCUGUUUUUGAACUACAUUUCCCAUCAUCUCUGAUCACUUGUCCUGCUAGCUAGGGGUGAUGGGAGUUGUAGUCCCAAAAAAAGCAGGAGAUCCAAUUCUGUCUGAAAAUCAGAGCUGUCAUAGUUAAACGAAAAUUAGUUUGGGUUGGUUCCAGACUGAAUAAGCGUAUACCACUGAAAUAAAUGGAAUUUGUUACUCAUGACUGACUUAAAUUGUGAUGAUUUACAGCAGGUCCACUCAAAGCGUAACUAAGGGCUCAUCCACACUUUUGCUUUUCCCACCACUUUAUCCUGGGAAAACUUAUUCACUGCUGAAUCAGAGCAGAUGUCAGUUGGGUUUUCAAUGGAUUGAAGUUUCCUCUGAUUCAGCAAUAAAGAGCGGGUUUUCCUGGGGAAAGUGGUAGGGCAAAUGGAAAACUACUUGGACCUGUGCAAAGCAUAGGCAAGCCCUUUGUGUAGCAUCAACCCUUUGUUUUUGUCAACUAGUUUGGGCAUUCAGUGCUCUGGACUGCUUUUAACCUAUGGAAACGUCUAUAACUGAAGCAGUUUUCUAGUUUUACAUUUAGUGUACAGCCAAAUACAUUUUGAAGCUUUUAUGCCAUUUGAGGAAGGUUAACUUUUGUAUUUGUAUAUGCAUACCUAUUUAAUGCACUAAUGACAGGUUUCAUGAGGGGUGGUAAAUUGUUAUCUGAAGUCCAGAGUUUUACAUUCUAAUUAAAAAUGGCAUCAUAAUGGGUAGCUAGAAAGAGUAAAUGCUUUUGUCUAUCAUAUCCUGUUUACAUACUUUAAUCCAUUCCAGUGGGCAAACUUCUCAAGUUUUUGUAAAGUUUUUGAAUAAGGGGAUUUAAGCAUGUGGUGAUGUUUGGGUCCUGAAAUGUUUUAAGUAAAGCUUCUCAGACAGGAUUCUGGUGUAAACUUUGAUUUGCAGCAUAAAUAUCCAAGUAACUCUGGCGACAUUGCUAAAAAUAGUAUGUACUGAAUUUGCAGGAAGUCUGUUUAUGGAAAUUAGGGGUUGCAGAACAAAAGAUGUAGACAGCUGCAGUUGUAUGUAGUCUGCUUCAGAAUUAACUGGUUUUAUUUAAACUUCUGUACCUAAUGAGCUUUUACUAGUUUGAAAAUUAUUGUUGAUUAAAAAAAAACUUGCUUUACAGAAA